GGCUGGAGAAGCAGUGACAAYAUCAGACUUACUGAUGUCCAAGUGUUAACACUUCGGCAUGAUAAGAUGACAAGUGGUCGACGGUCAUCUCCAGUCCCCCAAGCUAAAUGUGUUGGUGGUACAGCUGGAUGUCGUGUUGUUCCAAAGGUCAUWCAGUGUUAUAAUAGAGGGUCAGAUGGAUUUGAUGUCCAGUGGGAAUGCAAGGCAGACAUGGAUAAUAAAUACCGGUUUGGUGAGGUUGCUGUGAAUUGUGAGGGAUUUGACUACCCAGAUGACCCAUAUAUUCUCAAGGGAUCAUGUGGGGUGGAGUAUACAAUAGAUUAUGUUGGUGACAGCAAUCAUCAUAGUGAUUCCAGGUAUGAUGCCAAUCAUCAUCAGAAUUACCAAGGAAACUAUGGCCACAAAAAACACAGGAGGUCAUCUGGUUGGAUGAGUACUUUCAUCAUGUGGGGAGUCAUAGCCUGUAUUGGAUAUUACAUCUACAYCYCUUUUUCAAGCAAUGAAACGUAUCCUUUCCAAUAAAAKAUCAUCUCAACC